CAUGGGUUUUGGAGAAUAGGAUUUAUUGUCCUCUUAGUCACAACUUCUGGGUUCUUAUGCCCUUAGGCUUGCUGGAUAAGUUUCAUCUUUCCAUACAAUUCACGUGCCUUGCCCCUCCUAUACCCCACUGUUCAAGAAUCCUCACUCAGACCCAUCACCACAUCACAACUCAAGAUGUUCACGCUUCCCUCCCCAUUCUCUGACAUUCCGAGAGAGCCUCUACUUUAUGCCCACCCUUCUCCAAUCGAACCCCUCCACCGCGUUACCUCAGCUUUUACUUCAGCGCCCUCCCAAACCAAAUACUGGAUAAAACGAGAAGAUAGCAACUCUGGUCUUGCAUUUGGAGGCAAUAAAAUCCGAAAACUUGAAUAUGUCCUCUCCGACGCCCUAAAGAAUGGAGCAACAACUCUCGUCACCACCGGCGGUCUCCAAUCAAACCACAUGCGCCAAGUAGCAGCCGUAGCCGCCAAAUACGGCUUCAAAGCCCACCUCCUACCCGAAGACCGUGUCUCCCCCGUCUCUCCCGAAUACCACACCCUAGGCAAUAUCCAAAUAACGCAUCUCCUCUCAGCCACUCACUCUCCCUACGACUCUGACGUCUCCGCCACCCUCGCCUCCCUAACCUCUGCGGGCGAAACUCCCUACUGGAUCCCUGCUGGAGCUUCCCUCCACCCACUAGGUGGUCUCGGCUACGCACGUUUCGCAUUCGAAGUCGCUGCCCAAGAGAAUGAAAUGGGUGUGUUUUUUGACACUAUUAUUUUGCCUGUUGGGAGCGGGAGUACCAUUGCUGGGAUGAUUGCAGGAUUCAAGUUACUCUCUUCCUGGGCUCAAGAUGGAGAGCAGAAAGAGAGGAAGAUAAUAGGGAUUGAGAUCACGGCGCGACCUGUUGACUUUACGAGGAGCCAAAUCCUGAAUAUUGCGAGGCAUACUGGUGUAUUGAUCGGGCUUCCAAAUCCUUCUACUUCUAUCACGGAAAAAGAUGUGAUACUGGACGACAAUUAUAACGGCGGUUCUUACGGCUUCGUAGAUAAAAAAACGAAAGAAGCGGUCAAGAUGCUAGCGAGUUUGGAAGGAAUAUUGGUAGAUCCAGUUUAUACUGGGAAAGCGGUCACUGGAAUGAUUGGGAAGGCGAAGAAGGGAGAGUUGAGUGGGAGUGAGAAUGUGUUAUUUGUUCAUACAGGCGGAGUACCUGCUUUGAGUGCAUAUCCUGAUGUUAUGUGAGAGGUGAGAUGGGAAAAUACUUAGUUGAGGUAAAGAUGCUUGUAUAUCCUGUGUUCAGCUACAGUUCCCAUUACUUGAUCUUCGGUAAAAUUUGCCGGUCUAAGGUUCUUCCUGUGAAUCGACCAACUCAAGUCGAACAUUAAACCAAGGAGAUGUGGCAAAUCGGAC